ACAGACAACAACAUUUUCAUUUUAAAGCAGUAAAUAUCUACGGUCUCGAAGUCUGGUAAAGAGGGAUCAACUUUUGUAUUGAUAUGAACGUGUGAUCUGUUCCGAGGAAGGAAGGAGACAAAGGGUUGAAGCAUUUUUUGCAGGAGAGAAAAAAUGAAGAAAGUUGUCUCAGAUCAGAGCUUGUGCAUUGAGAGUGAGGGGGAGGUAGAAGACAAUGAAAAGAAGGCCUUUGAGAGAAUUGAAGAUGAUGGGAAAGACUCAGUUUCUUCAUGGUCAUCCGCAGAGCUUAAUUCAAACCAGGCCGGACCUGGCUCUUACACCAACAAUUGGCCUCAGAGUUACAGGCAGUCGAUUGAUCUCUAUUCGAGCGUGCAGUCUGGCAUUGGGAUUCUGGGGACGCCGACUCUGUCCAGAUUAGGGAGCUCGUUCUUGUCCUCAUCCCUCAUCCAUAGACGCUCUCCAGAGGCACAAUCUUCUUCUCUUUCCAAGCCGCUCUUACCAGAACCAGGUCUAACGGAGGAGAAGCAGCAAAGGCAGCACAGGGGGAGCUCCCACUAUCUCGCUCCUCCUCUUUCAUCCCGUGCUUCCAUCAGGAAAGACUCCAGUGUUGCACAUGAGCUUCCCAUCUCUAGUGACUGCUCAUUCGGGCAAGCCACUUUAAAUGGGAUGAAUGUGCUAUGCGGAGUCGGAAUCCUCUCAACUCCAUAUGCCGCCAAAGAAGGGGGAUGGUUCGGAGUUUCCAUUUUGAUAUUCUUUGGGUUGCUCUCCUUCUACACAGGCAUACUUCUUCGUCGUUGCUUGGACAGUAAACCCAGCCUCCAGACUUAUCCCGACAUAGGGCAGGCUGCUUUCGGUACCUUUGGACGAGUUGCUAUCUCGGUGAUACUGUACAUCGAACUAUAUGCCUCUUGUGUUGAACACAUUAUCUUGGAGAGUGAUACCCUGUCAUCACUGUUCCCGAACGCUCAAGUAAAUUUUUAUGGACUUUCGUUGGAUUCCCAUCAUGUAUUCGCACUAAUGACCACCCUCGUCAUUCUCCCUACGGUUUGGCUCCGAGAUCUUAGCCUUCUCAGUUAUCUUUCCGCGGGAGGAGUUAUAGCAUCAUUCGUGGUUGUCAUGUGCCUAUUUUGGGUCGGUAUGAUUGACCAAGUCGGUUUCCAUAGCGAACGGACAGUGGCUCUCAACCUUGGGACUCUUCCGGUUGCUAUUGGACUAUACGGCUUUUGCUUCUCAGGACACGCUGUGUUCCCAAACAUCUACACUUCAAUGGCAAAACCGAGUCAGUUUCCAUUAGUCCUACUAGCAAGUUUUGGUAUUUGCACUCUUUUAUACCUUGGAUCCGCAGUUAUGGGAUAUCUGAUGUUCGCCGACUCAACCAAGUCUCAAUAUACUCUCAACAUGCCACAAUCGUUGAUGGCUACAAAGAUUGCUGUCUGGACCACGAUCGUGAACCCAUUAACUAAGUAUGCAUUGACCAUGUCUCCCGUAGCGCUGAGUUUGGAGGAACUGCUGCCAUCAAAUCACAAUUCCCGCGUUUAUGCCAUCUGCAUUAGAACCAUGCUCGUGAUAUCUUCCUUGGUUGUGGGCCUCGUGGUUCCAUUUUUCGGCCUGGUGAUGUCAUUGAUUGGAUCUCUGCUGACAAUGCUCAUUACUUUUAUACUUCCUUGUGCCUGCUUCCUGAGCAUCCUGAGGGGGAAAGUAACCUAUUCACAGGGAGCACUUUGCGGCAUUAUAAUCAUCAUUGGGGUUACAUCGUCGGCCUUCGGCACGUAUACAGCUCUGUCGAAGAUUAUCGAGAGCUUGAGAAGCUGAGAAGCCGGGAAACAUGUCUGUCUCUCACAAUUUUGCUCUAGGAUUGCUCUGCUAUUGGUACCUUAUCAAUUUGAAAGGGAAUUGACCAUUUAUUUCCCCGGAAAAGAGGGAGAUGUUUAAGGUGUAAAGAGUUUUUUUUUUUUUUU